AUGCUACCAAAGAACUACCAGCAUAUCCUGGCCUUUGUGUUUGCUGUCCAUGAGAUCAACAAGAAUCCAGAGCUCUUACCCAACAUCACUCUGGGUUUUCGGAUAACUGACAACUACUACUUCGGGAGAAUGACCUACGCGACCACACUGCAGUUGCUGAGUGAACGAGGGAGAUGGGCUCCUAAUUAUAGGUGUGGCACACAAGAACAACUGUGGGCCAUUGUUGGGGGGCUCAACUCUGAAACCUCCAUUCAGAUGUCAAAAAUCACAGACAUCUACAAGUUGCCACAGCUCAGUUACGGUUCCUUUGAUCCAGCACUGAGUGAUAAAACCCAGUUCCCUUUUUUCUAUCGGAUGGUCCCAAAUGAAGAGUCACAAUAUAAAGGAAUAAUCCAACUCCUCCUGCAUUUCCAAUGGAAGUGGAUUGGCCUAGUUGCUCCAGGUGAUGACAGUGGAGAAACAUUUGUGCAGAGCAUGAUGGUGCAACUCACUGAGCAUGGCAUUUGUGCUGCUUUCACUCAGUGGAUCUCAGUAACAUUCACAAGAACUGAAAAACGUCUUUCGGUGCAGAUGGAAAAAAUAAAUAGUUCGUUCUCAGAGGGCAAAGUCAAUGUGAUUAUCGUAAAUGGGGAUUUACGGAUCCUAGUAUGGCUAUCUGUAUGGCUAGAUGUAUUUUACCAAGGUAAAAAAGGAGGUUAUACUGGGAAGGUUUGGGUCAUGACCGCGCAGUGGGAUUUUACAGCUGUGAAUUCUCAGAGUGUCUGGUUUCUAAGACCCUUUCAUGGUGCUUUGUCUUUCACAAUUCAUGCCAAUGAAGUGCCUGGAUUCCGGGAUUUUCUUGAGACUCUGGAUCCUCAACAUCCCAAUGGUGACAUCUUCCUCCAGGAUUUUUACAAGGGUGCCAUUGAAAAACUUCAUUAUUCCUAUCCGGACUUCUUAGAUGUCCACACUUGGACAAGACUGAUGGAUCUGCUUCCAGGAGCCAUGUUUGAAACUAGCAUGACAGGGCAAAGCUAUAGCACUUACAGUGCUGUCCAUGUUGUGGCUCAUGCAUUAGAUGAAAUACCCAUAAUCUGGCAAAUUCUUUCAUCUUCUCCACCCAUCCAGCUUCACCAUCUUUUGAGAACCAUCAGGUUUAACAACAGUGCUGGGGAUGAAGUCUCUUUUAAUGAAAACCAAGACUGGGUGGCUGGAUUUGACAUUGUGAAUUGCAUUGUAUUCCCCAAUGAGUCCUUUACUCGAGUGAAAGUUGGAAGGAUGGACCCCCAUGCUGGGAUGAGGCAGGCAUUUUUGAUUAAAGAUGAUAUGAUCACAUGGAACAAGGGAUUCAAUCAGACACAGCCUCACUCUGUAUGCUCUGAAAGAUGCCAUUCUGGGUAUAGAAAAAAGGAGCAGGAGGGGGAGCCAGUUUGCUGCUAUCAGUGUAUUCAAUGUCCAGAGGGGAUGAUUUCAAACCAGUCAGAUGCAGGACACUGUGACAAAUGCCCAGAUGAGAAGCAUCCCAACCACAAACAAGAUCAGUGUAUUCCAAAAACCAUACACUUCCUCUCAAUCAAUGACCCUUUGGGGAUUGUUUUUGUUCUCUCCUCCCUUGGUUUGUCCCUCAUCACAAGCCUGAUAUUGGUAACAUUUGUUAAAUAUCAAGACACCCCAAUCAUCAAGGCCAACAACAGGGAUAUCACCUACAUUCUCCUCCUCUCCCUCCUGCUUUCUUUCCUCUGCUCCUUGCUCUUUAUUGGACAGCCAAGCAAAGUCACCUGCCUUCUUCGACAAACAACAUUUCUUCUUGUUUUCUCGGUUGCAGUUUCUGCUGUGUUGGCUAAAACCAUCACUGUGAUUCUGGCUUUUGAGGCCACCAAACCAGGAAGCAAGAUGAGGAAAUGGCUGCGGAAAAGAGUCACAAACUCCAUUGUCCUCGGCUGUUCUCUUGUUCAACUGGGAGUCUGUACUGUCUGGAUAGCAAGAAAUCCUCCCUUCCCAGAGUUAGACAUGUAUUCUGAAAGGAGAGAGAUCAUAAUUCAGUGUCAUGAAGGGUCACUCGCCAUGUUUUAUUGUGCCCUCUGCUACAUGGGCUUCUUAGCCAUGGUCAGUUUUCUGGUAGCUUUCUUAGCAAGGAAGUUACCUGAUAGCUUUAAUGAAGCCAAAUUUAUUUCCUUCAGCAUGUUGGUGUUUUGCAGUGUUUGGGUGUGCUUUGUUCCCACUUACAUGAGCACUAAAGGAAAAUCAAUGGUAGCUGUGGAGAUCUUCUCCAUUUUGGCCUCUGGGGCAGGAUUGCUUGGCUGUAUCUUUUUUCCAAAAUAUUAUAUUAUAAUCUUAAAACCUAAUCUUAACUCUAGAAGACAUGUUAUGUCAAAACAGAGUUAA